GAUUGUUAGCAUCUGUGGAACAUCUGCUGAGGGCAUGACUCACUCCCAAGCUGUUAGUCUCUUAAAAAGUGCUUCAGGGACUAUUGAGUUGCAGGUUGUAGCUGGAGGAGAAGUAAGUGUCAUAACUGGUCAGCAGCAGGAUCCACCUACGUCCAAUCUUUCAUUUGUGGGACUAACUUCAACCAGCAUUUUUCAGGAUGAUUUAGGACCUCCUCAGUACAAGACUAUUACUCUGGAUAGAGGACCAGAUGGUCUAGGCUUUAGUAUUGUGGGUGGUUAUGGCAGUCCCCAUGGAGACCUACCCAUUUAUGUAAAGACGGUGUUUGCAAAGGGUGCAGCAGCAGAAGAUGGACGCCUGAAGAGAGGGGAUCAAAUCAUUGCUGUGAAUGGGCAGAGUUUAGAAGGGGUGACCCAUGAGGAAGCGGUUGCUAUUCUGAAAAAGACAAAAGGAACAGUCACUUUGACUGUUUUGUCAUGAAUUUGCUGCCCAAAGGAUUAGGGUUAAUAAGACUAUAUUAUUUACAUUCCACAUAGCAAAGAGAAUGCAAGUGUUUAUAUAGUCUUCUUCCUCUUCCAGCUUCAUAGGAUUAUGUUACAAUACUGAAGAAAAAUAACAUCUAACCAUAUUUUUGUAUACAAUAGAAAUAUUUCUCUUACUGUCAAACCACUGGGAUGGAGUUACGUCAACUAUGGAAAGACAUGGAUAUUUUUGCUAUUAGUAUUGUAAUGAAUGCUUGUAAGCCA